UUGCUCAUCAGUCUAUAGGAAGUAUUUUAAAAGAUGGAGUAAAAGGAACAAGGGAUGGAGGUUCAGCAGGAGAGAAGAAGUGCUCACAAACAGACAGAAAAGAAGAAACUCAAACAGGGUGCCACCUAGCUGCAGACAGUAGUGGUAGCCCUGCUCCCACAGCAGCUGUUGAAGAAGAAAGUGAUGGUAGAGAAUUAGACAAGAAAGUCAUGGUAGAGGAUAGCAGGAAAGAUACAAGUCGGUUGGAGUUGCAGGAAGCAUGUAGGAGAGAGUCUGAGGAUAGCUCUGAAUCCAGUGAAAAUAAUUUGGGCAUUAAAUUAAAAAAGGAAAGUUAGAUGAAAAUAUGUUGCCAAUUGUUAAGAUUAAAAAAGAAAUAAUUGAUAGUAACAGUAAAGAGAUGAACAGAGAAAGACAAGACUCUGAAGAUAGCAACAGGUCUCUCUUAGAUGACAUUCAGUCUCUUGAAAAUCUUUUAAAGAACAGUCACACUACAAUACCAAUUGAUGUAGGUCAACUAGAAAACAAAAUUAUGGAGAAAAUAGAACAAGAACCAAGUAAAAAGACAACCUUCAGUGGGAGAGAAGAAAAAAUAAUGAAAGACGGUGAAAAGAGUUCAAAUGAUGACCCAAAUGAAGAUUGGUGUGCAGUAUGUCAUGAUGGAGGAGAACUAUUGUGUUGCAGUAACUGCCCUCGGGUAUUCCAUCUUAAUUGCCAUGUUCCUGCUAUUUUAACUACUCCUGAUGAGGAUUGGGCUUGCCUCAUGUGUACUGAUGUUAUAAAUGGCCCAUUUCCUCGUGAGUCAAGUGGAGCGAAACGGAAGAAUCCAGUUGGUUUAUAUGGCCAUGAGCUGUUGUAUUGUGAGAGGAUACUCCUUGAGUUAUUCUGCCAUGAGGCUAGUCCACCCUUUCAUGAACCAGUUAACAAAACAGAUAUUCCACACUAUUACAAGGUGAUAAGUAAACCUAUGGACUUGUUAACGAUCAAGAAGAAGCUUUCACCAAGUUAUUUCAAUCGUUAUGAAGAUGUUGAGGAAUUUAUAUCAGAUGUUCGGCUGGUCUUCAGCAAUUGUUUUGUCUUUAAUCCUGAAGGAUCAUCUUUACACAAUGCUGCCAAAGUUCUUCAGGACUGUUUUCAUGAUCUAUUGAAGAAGUACCUAGCAGAGUAUGCCUUUGAUCUGGUCACAACAACUCAGCAACUUGACAGUCAAGACUCAGAUGGAGAAUACAGUAAACUUAAAAGACAAUGUAAAACUUCUUCUGAUGACGUUUUAGAGCAGUGUUGAUUUGAAGACAAGAUGGUCUACAUUUUAAACUUGAUCCCAGUUACUGUAGUGACUUAGUGUUUUGGGUGAAAAAAUGUUCAGGCAUACUUUCCUUGGUUCAGGGGGAAAAAGACUCGAAGAGUCCGGGAAAAACUUUUUUGGUUUAUACUUUUUUUUUUUUCAAAAGCACUGCAGUUUUGUGAGGAACAAAGAUGUUACAGUAAGGACUGUCAUAUAUUACAUUGUGCUAUUCAACAAUUUUGAUUUAUGAUACCUGAUAAGAAAAUGAUAAUGCAUGAAACAGAAGAUCUGUUGUUCUGGAUGAGGAAAUACAUUUUCUUGAAUUAUUAAGGUCAGAAAUAUUGAAGUGUUGAAUAAUAAUAUUUGAGAUAUUAAAUUAAGAUAAUUGCAUUGACUUGUCAAGUUGGAAGGAUUUUAUUGAGGAGGACUGUACUAAAGGAGCAGGAAGAUUGUUUUGUUAGAUGAAGAAAGAACAGUGCAAUAGGUCAUGAAAAUCAGAAAUGGUUUGGUAUUAGGUAAAAAAAGUGCUAAAGGUGUAAAUUGUUUUUAUCAUGUGAUAGAUCAGUUUAGAUAUUAGUUUAGAGAUAUUAUGAAAAAUGAGGAAGGUCAAUGCAAUGGAUAAGGAAGAUCAUUCUAUAGUUUUAAAAUUAGUUUGAUAAAUGAAAAAGAUCAUUGUUUUAGAUCAGUAAGAUUAAUGGUGAAUGAAUGAGAUCAUUUUGUGAUGUCUCGAAGAUUCCGACGUUAGAUGUGGGUAACUCAAGAGUUGGAUCAUAAGGAAAUAAUAGAUCAAAGUAAUUGAGGUGUUAGAUCAGGAAGAAUGGUGACAUAUCGGAACAACUUAGGUGUUAGAUCAAGCAGAAUAAUAGCUUAAUUAUUACACCAGAAAAAGUAGAUUAGAUCCAUGAGGUGUUAGAUCAGGAAGAACAGUGACAAACCAGAAAAGCUAUGGUAUCAGAUAAGGAAUAACAGUGUUAGAUCAAAACAACCUAAGUUUUAUAUCAGAACUAAAGUGCCAGAUCAGAACAACUGAAAUGUUAGAUUGCUAAGUACAAUCAGGGGGUGAAUUAAGGGUCAGAUGGGUCUGGGUCUACAUUUUUCUAUCGGGCCUAUUAUGAUCCUCAUGAAAGAUUAAGGGAAAAGAAAACAACUAAAUCUCGUGAUAUGUUUGACUUUUGAAGACAACAGGAAAAUGUUUGCAAAACUCAUCUACAAAUUAAUGAGAAAUAUUAGAUGGUUUUUGAAUAGGAAAAGUGGUUCUCUAUCACAGACAGAAUUUGCAUUUAAACAACAAAGCAUAUUGACGGAAAGAAACCAUAUACACAUAAACUCAACAACCCACACACACAUACUUAGCUCACACCAAUACUAACACAAUCUGACCACCAGUAAUAGAGAGAUCAUGUUAUCUGUAUUUAGUUAAACUACCGUCUUCUUGGCUCUUUAGAUCUGUUUUGUGAUGAGUGAUUCUAACAAGCCAUUUUCUAUGCGCAAAAGUGCCAGUGCAUUUAGCUUGUUUUGGCACAUUGAUGAUUGAAGUGUGUCCUUUAUCCUUUUUAGCAUUGAGAAUGAUAUUUUUUUCAGUGUUUUCAGUCAUCCUCUGUAACUGAAGCAAGGGCUUGCAUUAUGGCUUUGUACCCCACUUUUAAGGCUCAUAUUGCAUCUGAAUGGGUGCUGCAUCUUAUGUCUGAUAACCUCUGUCAACAGGAAUGCUAGUACAUCAUGUAAUUGCUUUCACAGGCAGUUUGAAGCUGAGAAAAAAUACAUAAAGCUUCUGUACAAUAGCAAAGAAUAAGCAUAUUCUGCUAGGAGUUCUUCUCUUUCAUCAAGGCUUGCAUGCUAACAUAUUUGCUGCUAAUAUUGGAUGCAUUGUUGUAAGAAUGCCCACGGUAAUUUUGAAUUCUUAUAUCAUUCUUUUCAAGGAAAUCUGUGAGAACUCUAGCAAAUUCUGCUCCUUUGUGAUUGCUUGUCAGUAAGAAUGUGGCAAAUAUCUCUACGGGGCCAUCAUCUAGAACAGUAUUUCCCAACCCAAAAGCUACUGUACCCCAGUAGAUCUUUUGAUAUUUCACUGCACGUCUGGUGGGAAGUAAUCAUCGAAUGCUCUAGAAAGCAUUUUUAGAUGUUCACAAACAAUAAUUGUGAUACGUGAAAUAUCCAAUUCGUUGAGCUUAUUAAAUUGGAAAAGACAGGAAACAUUUCAUAGCUUUUUCAUGUAUUCACUUGAACCAAAGUUUUAGCUUUUUCUUAAAUGCAUCCAUUUUAUUGCUCAAAGUAAAAACAGCAGUACAAAGCAUUGAACAAUCAUGAAUUCAAUGUAUUGCUCUUAAUAAAACUAACAGUUUUUACUGAUUGUGCGAGAACAUCAUUCAGGAUUGGUGACAUAUUUUUUGUCACUAAGUGUUCUUGGUGUAUAAAGCAGAAUGUGAAUACCAGGACAUAUAACUACUAAUUGAAUUACUGGACAGGACACAUUAUCACUUGUUGAACAACUGGACAAGACAUAUAACUACAAAUUGAAUUACUGGACAGGACACAUGAUCACUAGUUGAAUAACUGAACAGGACACAUGAUCACUAGUUGAAUAACUGAACAGGACAUGAAACAUGAUCACCUGUUGAAUAACAGGACAUGAAACAUGAUCACUAGUUGAAUAACUGAACAGGACACAUGAUCACUAGUUGAAUAACUGAACAGGACACGUGAUCACCUGUUGAAUAACAGGACAUGAAACAUGAUCACCUGUUGAACAACUGGACAGGACACAUGAUCACCUGUUGAACAACUGGACAGGACACAUGAUCACUUGUUGAACAACUGGACAGGACACAUGAUCACUUGUUGAACAACUGGACAGGACAUAUAACUACUAAAUGAGUAACUGGACAGGACAUGCAAAUAAUUGUUAAAUAAUUUGCUAUACAAGAGUAGUUAGAAAAUUUCAAACCAUGUAUAAACAUCUCUUAGUGACUGAUUAAUAGGGUUUUAAAAAAUGAUGUAUUUUACUUUCUACUCCAUGAAGCAUGAAGUUAUCCAGUUUGAAAGUUUACUGUCUGUAAUAGCUCUGGUCUAAAAUCAUACACAGCAUGAACUUUAUCCAGUUUGAAAGUUU